AUGCAGGAUGAGAAGCCACAUAUACGAAGGAAUUUAUGUAUGUAUGCGCAACUUGUUCAACAGCAUAACAUGUCACAUGGUAAAAUGAUGCUAACUGACACGUUCAAGUAUGGUGAUACUCAACAUCUGUGGCCGAAUGAUAGCCACACGAUACUUAUGAGCACGGCAAAUACAUGUUGGAACGGGGCUAUGGUGCGGCAAUUGUGGACCAAUCUUGGUUUCUUGUUAGUGUCGUGUGAGAUGUUUGAAGUUGGUGGAGUUUGUGGUGGGACCGGUGCAUAUUGUUUAUUAGAAUUUACAAACCAUACAGAAGCAUCCCGGGCAAUAAGCAGAUAUUAUUCGAACCAAUUCUCACUUACUACAGGAGUCAUUACAGGUUUAUAUUGGAUAUUGAAUAGGUAUCAUGUUGAGUCGACGUUGUUAUUGCAUGGACUACCCUUACAAUUGAAUGAAACUGCCUUCAUCAAUUUCCUGUUGGAAUUGGGCUAUCAUUCGUUCGAUACUGUUGAGAUUCUUCGAGACCCAAACACAUCAGCUUCUAGGGGUCUUGCCCUAAUUCAGUUUAAAGAAGGUAUUGAGAUGCAAAAGAUUCUUGUGGAAUUACAAGGGAUCCAUCUAAGCCAAUCUGCUUUACCAUUAACCAUAUUACAAUUCACAAAACAGUACACUCUGUCACAUUCAUAUUCAAAUUCGCCUUCGCCAUUAUUAUUUUCUUCACAUUCCUUAUCAUCUUCGUCUUCCUCCUUAGAAGAUCCAACAAAUACAACAGUAUUUAUAGGUGGCCUGUCCUCCCUCGUUACUGAAAAUGAAUUACGUUCCCUUUUCCAACCCUUUGGAGAAAUAGUUUAUGUGAAGAUUCCCUUUGGUAAAGGAUGUGGGUUUGUUCAAUAUGAGACUAGAAAAGCAGCAGAAUUAGCGAUUCAUAAGAUGAAAGGAGUGUCUAUCAAAAACUCCAAGAUUAGGCUAUCUUGGGGUAAAGCAGCAAAGACUUCCAAUACCAGAAAAAGAAGAUCUUCUUCAAAUGUUAGUAGUAAUGCCAAUAGAUGUUCGCUUCUACAAAACGUCCUAGAAGCACAAGCACAAUAUUAA